UUCUGUUUGCUAGAACGUGUUCACAUUUCGCAUUCAAAAUGCUUGCAAAAUUACCCAUUGAAAUAAUGGAUAAAAUAUUCGAUUACCUGAACCUGAAAGACCAAUUGAAAAUGGCUAAAGUUAGCAAACAUUUUAAGUCUGUGUUUGUAUACAAUUCCCGCGACAAAUACAAGAAGAUUGUUUGCUGCAAAUAUUCAGACGACGAGCUCCAAUUAAUAAUGCGCCUAUGCGGACACAAAGUUACCCAUGUGAUGGUGUUACACAAUAUUAAUGAGGCGACUUGUAAACUAAUAUCGCAGUACUGCAUUAACAUAGAAUCUGCCAUUUUGAAUCUUAAAAAUGUUGGUGCAUGCAAAUCAAUAUUAGGAAUGAAUAGCCUGAAAACAAUUGCGUUGGAAAAUAUGGACGAGUGUGAUUUGGAUGUACUCAAUUACAUAAAUCCAGAAUGUAAAGGAUUAUCUGUAGGCAAUUUUUCGUAUGCUCAGGCUGAAAAUAUUGUGAAGCUGAUUAACUUGGAAACGUUGGAACUUUCUGGUUUACAAUGUUAUAAAACCGAUGAUCUGUUUAAAAUGUGUUCCUCUUUCAAGAAGUUGCGUGUCCUGACAAUUCGAGACAUUUACUUUACAACUCCCGAGCUAAGUAUAGGGAGAAAUGAUAUUGUAAUCUCAGAAUUGGAAGAACUUCAAAUCACUAAUUGUGACAUAAAUUUAAAUUUACUGCCCAAAUGUCCGAAGCUCAAAACAUUGAAAUUUGCUCCGAAUGAAUUUUUGAGGAACGUUGAAGUCAGAAAUAUUAUCAAAAUUUACGCUGGGACAUUGGAACAUUUUAAAUUUAAAAUUAAUCGCAAUAGACUCAAAAACUUUAGUUUAAAUGAUUUUAUAAAUGAUCUCGGAGAGUGCAGGAACAUCAAGAGUCUACAUGCAGAUGCGUUCUUGGUAUGGCGCUUAUUGCACCAUCAUCUCGACUCUUUUAUCACAUUUUUAAGGGAUAAAGGCUUCAAUCUACAGAGAUGUUUUGAAUUGAAAUGCGAUAUGCUGAUCGACAGUAAUCGGCUCCUUUUGGAGAAAGAAAUUGUAAAAUCGGAAGUGUGCAAUUUAAUUAAAUAUUCCAGAUUUGGGCCAACUGUGAGCUUUAUUUUGCAAGUUAGGUAAUUACCUAACCCAAACCAAGCCAGCCCAAGCACUUGAAUCUCGAGGUAAAUGAAUAUUUUCAAACA